GCAUGUCUGACAGAGCUGACUUCCUCGCUGGCAUCGCCGCCAGUGGUUGCGGUUCUCCCUUUGGCAUUCACGGCGACUUUGGCACCUUCGACGGCCCUUACCCAGACCCAUCUCCUCCCAGCGGAGCCUACGACAUUUUCGAUCACGACAUACCCAUCGCAAACGCAAACUCGGAAAAGGCUAAGGCCGCCCGCAGAGAGGCUAAGGCUGCCCUCAGAGAGAAGGAAAAGGCCGAACGACGUGCUGAAAGGAUGUCCAAAUCAAAAGAAAGCAUGACAAAAGCCGAAAAAUUCAAGAACAAGCUAAUCUCGGGCUAUCUGGGCAAGCAAGUUGGCAAUGACUACAGCAAGCUCUCAACAGAGUCGAAACAGAAUCUCUCGCGCAUUUCCAAAGAAGCGCACACUGAAUUGCGCGACUCUACCGUGGAAAAGCUCAAGCAUCUCAAAUGGGCAGCCUCGACCUUCAGCUCUCCUGCUUUGUCUUACUACGUCAACGUCUUCAUUGACAAGCCAAUGCUUAAACAACUGGAGCAACCAGAACCCGAGGAAGAGCCAGUCAAGGAAGAGCUCAGCGAGGCCGCUAGGAUUGAAUCAAUCGAAUCAUUGUCUCAGCGCGACAGGUUCUUGGUACUGAUCAAACUGGUGGNNACGAAAAGAAGCACGAGGACAAGGGAAGCGCGAGAGGCCUUCAACAAGUGGUCUCUUGCCCAGCUAGAUGAGAUGUGGAGCAAAAGACUCUGGAAGGUGAUCCUGAAUCAGCCAGAGAGGGACCAGAAAAAGAAGCUGCGGGAACUGCUGAGCAGACCAAUCUCUGAGGUACCUUUCAACCCAACUGAGCGUAGGCUUGUGGAAGGACUUCUGGCCCUCUUGAUGCGGGUUUCGGAGUCCGUUGCACGUCGACCCUGGCCCCAGCGGAAGAUGUCAUGGAAACAAGCACUCACUCCCGAGGACGAACUUGCAGUACAAACCUUUCAGAGAAGCUGGAAGGAGAUGAAGCAGGAAGAGAAUCUUCUGGACGGACUUCGCAAGCGUAUCGAGAAGAGUUGGCCACACGACUUCAAGGGUGGAGUCGAUCGUCUUUCCCUCGCAAAACUGAUCAACNACGUCCGAUUCAUCGACGAANAGGUCAUGGGCAUUCCCUUGCUUCCAUCAACUGACUGCAUUCAAAACAUCAUCAACAUUGUCGACCAAACACAUCUCAUGAAAAGCCGCUCUUCAAAUGACACCCAUUGCACCAUGCCGGCUGAACUUCUGGAAGAGUUCAACGACAAUCUUCACAUGAUUGAUGUCUACGACGAAUGGAGAGCCACAAACCCUCCUGACUCGGCGCGCCCGUCAGACUUUGCGGACAAUGUCGAAGAAGAGUCGAUCGAGCAAGAACCAACCAAGAACCUCACCUCCCCACGGCAAGAACGCAGUGACAUCAAGAAGAUCAAGAAGGAAAGUAACCUAAGACACAAAGAGCAAAGAGCAGAAAAGGCUGCCACAAAACGUGAGAAGUUUGCAGCACAGGCUCGCCCGUCACGUAAGGAAGCUCCGACUGCUCAACUCAGGGCCUCAUGGGCCAGAAAAGAGAAGUUCCAGGAGAUGGUCAAGCUGGGCAGAGAGAAGGCUCACGAGGACCACGAGACUCAGAAGCGCUUCCGCGCAUGGGCUAGGACACAGUUGGGCAAGAAGUGGGUGCCCAAGUUCAACAAGAUCUUCGGACCUGCU